AUGACAGACAGCGAGUCGGACGUCAGGGCCGUACAGCUUUGCAAUAGGCUGCUCGAGCUUUUGUACAGUAGUGGCGCCGUCUUUACGGUCAGUCAAAUUGCUCUCAUUCUUGGGGUGGACGAGACGAGGGUAGUGCAUGAGCUCAAACGAUCUAAUUUCCGCGACAUUGUGUACGACCAGGAGGAGGGAACUGUGCAGAUGCGAGCCCACCAUUGCAUGUCACUGUCGGAUACUACUGGUAGGGCUGGCACACCCACAGCACGCGUCACGAGAAGGGAAUCGAGGUUCUUUGGGUCUCAACACUCCAAGUACGCUAGCGACGGGUAUAACGGCAAUAGAGUGAGUACGAAGGGCGGGGGACGUGUGGUCUCUACAAAGAGUGCCCUGCGCAAGACGAAGUACCGUCGCCCAUUUACCGCGGACGCGGUCGCUGUUGACAGCGCGGAGAGUGCCUCGCCGGUGGGGCGUGUCGGGUACGUGUGCGUUGCCGACGAAUUCAAUCUCAGCGAGUUGGAGGCCUACUAUCGUGCGCAGGGGUACUACACCAAGUUUGAUUUUGAUGUCCUGCAUAUACGUUUCUCUGACAAGGAAAUGGGUGCAAGAGGCGCACGCAAGGCCGUCCAUGCUACAAGGAGCCAGGCGACAACCAAUACUCCCACCGCUGCCGGAGGAGCAUGCUUGACUCGCACUACGGAGGGCACCAACAAUGAAAACAACGAAAACAACAACAACAACAAUAAUAAUAAUAAUAACACUGGGGGUGAAAAGGCAAGCGAUCGAACGUCAAUGCUUGUCGCCAAAAACCCUCGCAAAGCGGGGUUUGAUUUAUUUGUAUUUGAAUACGGGGCCAUUGUCUGGUGGGGAUUUGAACAGCGCUAUUUUAAGAUUGUUGAGAACGAUUUUAUGCUUCCAAACAGUGCCAUUGCAAGAUACAUGGAAAAUCGCUACAUGACCCAGCUUAUUAGCGAGAAUUACCCUGUGUGGUGCACUUACACCCUUGAACGGAAGGAGACGCUGGAGCCAGACGAAUACUUCCGAGAGAGGCUGCGCUUUGAUCACUUUAUCAUACCGUUCGGACGUGGAGACAUGGAUACCGGUAACGUCAGCAUGUUGUGCGCCUCACACGCCCUCGCGCAGUCAGCUAAGAUUGACUACCUGGAGCUCAAGGUUCAGGAGCUGGCGGAGAGCUGCUCCCCGCUCCCGCGUGACUUGCGGGAAAAGGGCCAGGUGAGCAUCACAGAGCGCCGUUUGCUACAGCUUCGUGGUGAGGUGCUUUCCUACCGACUUAUGCUAAAGAGUGGUUCAAACCUCAUGGAUGAGCCCGACUUUUUCUGGGAAAAUGCCUACCUGAAACCCGUGUUUCAGGCGACGAAGGAGUGCUUUGAGAUCAGUGAGCGCGUGGAGGCGCUGGAUAAUAAACUGGACGCCGCGAAUGAGAUUCUCUCUAUAUUGGCUGAGGAGUUCUCCCAGCGUCACGGCGCCCGACUUGAGUGGAUCGUUAUUUGGCUCGUGUUGGCAGAGGUUGUCAUUGGUGUACUUGAACUGGUAAUUGAUCUAAAGCCGUGGUUUUACCGAAGUUUGUAG